AUGAAACUAGGUGAUCUCCAACAGGCCAGCUGUGAUCUCCUAUCGAACGUGCCAUAUACAAUACGAGACUACCUCCCUGCCGCUUGGAACCACUGUUGGAAUCAAGCAAAGUCACCGUUCAAUUGGCGAAUCCUGCUAGAACAGACCUUCUGGACUCCAUUGAUUCUCUAUAUUGCAUUACCACUGGUAUUAAUAGUCGGCUAUCACGUCAUUGGUGCCAAGAAACAAGUCGCAACCAUCACGCCGUUAACAUUGAGAACAGCAUUGCAAACAACAGCAGCAGGCAAUAGACAAACACCAGUACAACAAGUGUCUGGAAAUUACAAGGUCCUGUCAGUCUCAAAUAAUAUGAACAACAUGGCAUUGGAGGAUUCAAUGCUGAAGCAACAUAAACUACUCGCUGAUCAGGCAUAUCAGGCUAUAACCUCGGGGCUGGACAGAGAACAAGUUAAUCAUGAUGUAGCUGGUGCAUUAGAGUACUAUAGACGCGGUGUCAGGGAUUUGAGAGCCGCUUUGAGCAUGCAGUUUACAAACAGAGAUGAGAGAGACAAGGCUCAAGCUCUGAAUGGAAAGCUGCAAAACAAUUUGAGUCAGAUCGAGGAGAGGAUUAGAACUUUGACUGCUCAGUCCAAAGUUAAAUCGCCCACUUUCACGGCGCCAGCAUCAGCUGUUUCGCCUAUGGUAUCUAGACCCACAGUGAGCAGGACAAACUCUGGACAAGACGCGGGGCAGGCAUCACGAUCAUCUCAGCAACCAAGACCGGUAUCAGUCUCACAGCUCAAAGGCAUCGACACAGUCAUGGCCAACAAGAUAUUGAACGAGGUUAUGGAUGCUCGACCUAAUGUCGCGUGGGAUGAUGUAGGCAAGUAUCACCUUGGUUUAGACGCUGCAAAACAGGCACUUAGAGAGAUUGUAGUGUUGCCUUCGUUACGGCCAGAGCUCUUUACUGGUUUGCGGGCUCCGGCUCGUGGUGUGUUGUUGUUUGGACCACCUGGAACUGGGAAGACUAUGUUGGCCAAGGCUGUUGCUCAUGAGUCGAAGGCUACCUUCUUCUCCAUAAGUGCCUCGUCCCUUACGUCGAAAUUCGUUGGCGAGUCAGAAAAGAUGGUGCGGACGCUGUUUGUCAUGGCACGACAACUUCAACCAUCUAUAAUAUUCAUUGAUGAGAUUGACUCAAUAUUGACGGAACGAAGUGAGAAUGAAAAUGAAGCUUCCAGACGGCUCAAGACAGAAUUUCUGUUACAGUUUGAUGGUAUUACAACGUCGACAACGGAUAGGUUACUCGUCAUGGGUGCAACGAAUCGACCUCAAGAAUUGGACGAAGCAGCUCUACGUCGUCUCGUCAAGAGAAUUUACAUUCCAUUACCAGAACCAGCAACACGACAUCAACUAUUUCUACACUUGUUGAAGGGACACAAGCAUGCUAUAAGCGAUUCGGAUAUACGUAAUAUUGUUGGAUGGACUGAUGGUUACUCUGCCAGUGACAUUACUGCUCUAGUCAACACAACCAAAAUACUAACCGUGACGACAAAUCAUCAAAUAGCGCGAGAAGCCUCACUUGGUCCAUUACGGUCACUAGGAGAUCAACUGGUAUCUACACCAGCAGAUCAGAUCCGACCCAUCAUCUCCAAGGACUUUGCAGAAGCCGUACAAGUCAUUCGACCGUCCGUCUCUCGUGAGUCCUUGACAAAGAUGGAAGCCUGGGGACGUGAAUUCGGUACUUUCGGUUGA